AUGUUUGAGACCCGUUUGAUGCUGUCUGACAGUCGAAAGCAAGCCCGUGAAGCAAGCAGACAAUUCGACCCUGUGCCCUUACAGCCCUGUGAAUUUAUUCUCCUUUUGCUCUUUUUGUCAGUGCUGGAACUGAGGAUACAGGUGAUCCCCACUCUCGCCUUUACGGAAACAUCGCCAUCCAGGAAGGGGUUGGACUCUCAGAAAGCUGCCUCCAGGGACGGGUUACGAUCACUGAGCCCAAUCUGUCGACCCCCCAACUCCCUCCCUACUCAAGGUCUAACUGGGGUCCCUCUCCUGCUUCCUGGGGCUCCGAGCGCUGGGGUGUGGGCACUCUUGGGGUGUGGAGCAGCGGCAGCCAGUGCAGACCCUCUCCCGCCAGGGCUUGGGGUCCGGAGGAGCACAGAGCGGCUGCUAGCCCCUCCCCUCCGCGGGCUGGAGGGGCUGACGCGUAGGGAGGGUCCGGGCGGGGCCGGCUCUACGAUCGUCCGCCCCCACUCUCCCGCCGCGCGUAGGGAGGAGGGAGCGAGUGACGCGCACCCCGAAAAGGACUUAAGUCGGAGAAGUUUGCGCACAGCUUCAUCUUUGGGCGAGCAGAGGCAGGCUCUGCUAAGGAGAGCCAGUGGUCCAAGCCCCUGGACGGACUGCAGCUUGGUUGGAGAGGUGCUUCUGCACCUCACUCUGAGGAAAAGGCGGAACCUCCGAAAACCGAAGAUGAGGUUCCUUCUCCUGAACAGGUUCACCCUGCUGUUCCUGCUCCUCGUGAGCCCUACUCCAGUUCUUCAGGCUCCUACCAAUCUCACUGACUCCGGCCUUGAUCAGGAGCCAUUCCUGUACUUGGUUGGACGCAAGAAGCUUCUGGAUGCUCAGUACAAGUGCUAUGACCGGAUUCAGGAGUUGCCCCCUUAUGAGGGAGAAGGUCCAUAUUGCAACCGAACUUGGGAUGGAUGGAUGUGCUGGGAUGACACUCCAGCUGGUGUAAUGUCCUAUCAGCACUGCCCUGACUACUUUCCGGACUUUGACCCAGCAGAAAAGGUUUCAAAAUACUGCGAUGAAAAUGGAGAGUGGUUUAGACACCCUGACAGCAACCGAACCUGGUCCAACUACACUCUGUGCAAUGCUUUCACUCCUGACAAACUGCAUAAUGCAUACGUUCUUUAUUACCUAGCACUUGUGGGCCACUCCAUCUCAAUUGCUGCUCUGAUUGCUUCCAUGGGGAUCUUCUUGUUUUUCAAGAACCUUAGCUGCCAGAGAGUGACUCUGCACAAGAACAUGUUCCUCACUUAUAUCCUGAACUCUAUCAUUAUCAUCAUCCACCUGGUUGAGGUUGUGCCCAAUGGAGAUCUGGUGCGACGGGAUCCUAUAAGUUGCAAGAUUCUGCACUUUUUCCAUCAGUACAUGAUGGCUUGCAACUACUUCUGGAUGCUGUGUGAGGGGAUCUACCUUCACACUCUGAUCGUCAUGGCUGUGUUCACCGAGGAUCAACGUCUGCGCUGGUACUAUUUACUUGGCUGGGGGUUCCCAAUAGUGCCAACUAUUAUCCAUGCCAUUACUCGUGCCGUCUACUACAACGACAACUGCUGGCUGAGUACGGAGACCCACUUGCUUUACAUCAUCCAUGGACCCGUCAUGGCGGCUCUGGUGGUCAACUUCUUCUUUCUGCUCAACAUUGUCCGUGUGCUUGUGACCAAGAUGAGGCAAACCCAUGAAGCCGAGGCCUACAUGUACCUGAAGGCUGUAAAGGCCACCAUGGUCCUUGUGCCCCUGCUGGGGAUCCAGUUUGUUGUGUUUCCCUGGAGGCCCUCCAACAAAGUGCUUGGGCAGAUCUAUGAUUAUCUCAUGCACUCUCUGAUUCAUUUCCAGGGAUUCUUUGUCGCGACUAUCUACUGCUUCUGUAACCAUGAGGUGCAAGUGACCCUGAAGCGUCAGUGGGCGCAGUUCAAGAUCCAGUGGAGCCAUCGCUGGGGUAGGCGCCGCCGCCCCAACAACCGAGUGGUUAGCGCUCCUCGUGCUGUAGCCUUUGCAGAACCAGAUGGCCUCCCCAUUUACAUCUGCCAUCAGGAACCAAGGAAUCCUCCAGUCAGCAACAACGAAGGCGAAGAGGGUACUGAAAUGAUCCCCAUGAAUGUCAUCCAGCAAGACUCAUCCGCUUGAAUGCUUGAAUGUGAAGCAACCCCCCCCCCAACAUUGUGAUCCACUGAGCCUUCAUUUCCUGGGAGAACGAUAGACCAUGCGUUUCAAGUGAUCCCCAUCCUCCCAGGAGCUAAGCAUAUCAUUUGUGAAGAUGUAUUAAGUGAAUUUGUCCAUAGUGAAUUUGAAGAACGUUAUUCUUGGUACUAUUGCUUUGGGAGUCAGGCUAGGCUCUCAGUGCAAUUUGUGAACUCCCAUUAUUCAUCUAGGACUGAGAUGACAGUGUUCAUAGGAAUGUAGACAAGGUAUCCAAAACUGCCACUAAAUUGACCUAGUUCAGAUAAGGGUGCUCCAUGUUAAUCUUGAGCCAUUUGUACCUUUGAGAAACUAAAAUCACUCUCAAUGUUUUUAAUUUUAACACUGGACUUUGAAUUAGACUAUUUCUGUAUUUGGCUAUGGAUCUGGUUUUUAAUGUUUUUAUUUCAGUCAAUUCCUAUAUUGCACAUUUUUUCAUCCGUACAAUGUCAACUGCACAAAUAACAUGACCUCUGAAAGAUGCUGUGUCUUUUAUAACAUGAUCCACGUCACCAGGCAGACCCAAAUACUGUAAAGAAUUGAUCUGAAUGUUGAGUGUGCUUUGGUCACUGACAUUUAUAAAUUGGGAGGUCAUCAAGAACCUAUCACUAAAUUUUUCACAAAACUGAUCCCCCUCAAAUGUAAUUUUCCAUCCAAGAGAACACUCUUUAAAGAUAGUUUUCCACUUUCCUAAACUACAGGAUUUAUAAAGCAAAUCAUUCCAAGGUUUAUAAAGCAGAUUACCUCUUGCCCUUGGGUGCUAUUUAGCAGUGAGAGAUAGAUUUGUUUACGACUGGUAAUUAAAAGACUCCAUUCACGUCCAUUAACUGCCUUCCACCCAGCUUCAAAGCUUGACAAGAUCCCUGUGUUUUCCAGGAAGACUCAGUGUGGCUAAUUACAAAUCAGUUUCUAGUUGACCUCUUGUUUGCUUCUAUUAGCAAAACAAGGAGGGAAAAAAGCAAACCACAAUGUAAGGACUUGGAGUUUAACCACAUAUUAGUUCAUCUUAAAUUAAAGACAAGCUUCUCACCAAAACCCAGUACCAUAUUUCCACGCCUCUCUUUACUCCCCAGAAUGAGAUCUUCCAAGAUCCACAAAUAAACCAAUACCAUUACCAAUUUCUGAAUCUGCAACUGCAAUCAAUUAUCAUUAUUAAUUUGUAUGCUGAAUGAGACGCAUCCUUGAGACCCUUAAAAAUCUCAUCUCCUCUUUGUCAUCUUGUGUCACUGCCUUUCAGAGGUGAUUUAGUUGCGUAAAAACAAAAGUAACUUGAUUCGUUCCGGUUACGUACUUGGUGCACCCAGAGAAAAUUGUAUUUCGCUAGUGGCUGUGGCCCUUGGAUACUGAGAGUCUCCUUUACCAAAAUGGGAGAAUUGAAAGGAAGGAUUUUUUUUUCCAAUCACAGUGUUACGUGGUGAUGUUCCCAUGUUUUGUUUACAAACAUUGAAAUCAGUGUAUUUCAGGCAGCUCUGGUACAAAUGUGAUAGUGUAUUGCUGAAGAGUUUGAGACGUUAUUGUGCUUCUGUAGUAGGGGCUGAUGAAAUCAAACUGAUUUAUCAUAGCAUUGCAUGUAAUACCUAAAUUGUGUGAAACACUUCUUCUGUGUACGUGUAUAAAUUAAUACAAGCAUGUUGAA